CACUGCGCGCAGGAUUGUUGCAGCCCCAGACAGGGCGGCCCGUGACCGAGCACCGCGCCACCGACGACGGCACCGGGACCUGACGCAGGGAGAACCGCCGGCUCCGCAGCAUCACGCGCAGCAGACCAACAGAGAUGGCGGUAAACGUGUACGCCACAUCGGUGUCCAUCGACAACCUGAGCCGGCACGACAUGCUGGCCUGGGUCAACGACUCCAUCCAUCUCACCUACACCAAGAUAGAACAGCUGUGCUCAGGCGCUGCCUACUGCCAGUUCAUGGACAUGUUGUUUCCUGGCUGCAUCCUCCUGAAGAAGGUGAAAUUCCAAGCCAAACUGGAGCACGAAUACAUACACAACUUCAAAGUUCUUCAAGCGGCGUUCAAGCGGAUGAGCGUGGACAAGAUUAUCCCUGUGGAGCGGCUGGUAAAAGGCAAGUUCCAGGACAACUUUGAGUUCGUGCAGUGGUUCAAGAAGUUUUUCGACGCCAACUACGACGGGAAGGAGUACGACCCCAUCCUGGCCAGGCAGGGUCAGGACGUGGCCCCGCCCCCCAACCCAGGACCACAGAGGACGUCUCCAACCGUCCCCAAGAACAUGCCGACGCCGCAGCGGGUCCAGCACACUCCAGCCAUCAGGAAGAAUCCAUCCUUGUCCAGGAAUGGAGGCAGCGAUGCUGAGAUCAUGGAGCUGAAUCAACAGCUGAUGGAGAUCAAGUUGACGGUGGACGGCCUGGAGAAGGAGAGAGACUUCUACUUCAGCAAGCUGCGGGACAUCGAGCUGAUCUGCCAGGAGCACGAGAGCGAAAACAACCCGGUGCUCAGCAGGAUAAUUGACAUUCUCUACGCCACAGAGGAGGGCUUCGCGCCCCCCGAGGACGAGGACCUGGACGAACAGGCGCACCUGGACCAGGACGAAUACUGAAGCCUCCUCGUUCCACCCCCCGCCUCCUCUUUGUUUUGUUUCCCUCCGUGUCUGUUCCUCUCCUCUGUUUUCAGCUCCUCCCGACAACUCAAACUGCAACUUGAGACAUAUCAGACGUUUGUUUCCGCAUGAGCCGAGGUCUGAACUGAAGCGUUGCUGGUGUGGAGGUUUGAGGCCGACGCCUCCAGGCAGCGCAUCACGGUCGCUCAAAUGCCUUUGUUAGACAAGAGCACAGACCAAACCCACCAGGAGACUGAGGUCAAGGAGGGCCACUUUUCUGCUCCACACUUAUUUAUUUAACUUAUUUGUCAUGAGGAUUAACAUGCUGUAGCAAACGUUGUGCAAACCUACUGUACAGUCAGUGAAAGUGAGGCUGUGUGUUUUGAUUUUCAGUGAGUCCCACUGAGGACGCUUUGUUAUUCACGGCAUGUCGACCGGAGGAAGGAGAGACUUACGCUGCAACGUAUCUGAGCAUGAGAAUGUUACACUUUGACUGUGAAUGAGUGGUUUUGUAAAUGUGUUUUGUGUGGAGAGAGUUGCGCGACCCUGGGCUCGGCGCCCUGCUGUGGACUGGACGACACGCAGUCGCCUGCAAGUGACGCUGUAGAGGCGGGAAGCCGCCGGCAGACUGGUUUUUACUGUAGCAGCUCUAAUGUUUCAGUCUGAUCUUUGUAAUCAUAGCCAUGUUUUAGUACUUUGCUUUUACUGUGGAGGAGCCCGGCGCCUGGGAAAUUAGAUCACUGACAACAGCCCUCCGUUCUCUCCUUUUGAUUUGGCGAAAUGUCUGUCGCUCUGGAACGUGUCUUCAUCCGCCGUGGCAACAUCUGCAGACGCCCAUCGAUCAAGUUUUAAAUAAAUAAUUAGUUGUGAAAUCUCCUGUGUACUU